GUGGUAUUUUAAGGGUUAUUUACUUAAUGGGCCUAAUUGUGGUCACACUCUUUGAGGCGAAUCGCAUCCGUGGAUGUAAACAAAACUUUUUCAAGAUGAUAUUCCAACGCGCCAUUUUGGAUUUCGCGGCAAAGUCUGAACUCGACCAAUCAGACACAAGCUUCGGUGACGUCAUGGUUUUGAAUAAGCGCUAAAAAUGGCGGCCAUGUUUGUUGUGAAUAAGUUUUUGCAAGAUUAUGAGUGACUUUGCAGACAAACUUGCCUUUCCAAGGCCUGUUUCGGCUAAGAAAAAAGGUAAACACCAGCUGUACUCGCCUUUUGUGAGUUGUGCAAGGUUACGGAAGGUGCAGGAGCUGUUAAGGUGCGAUAAAAAUCAACUUUCCAAGAUAGAUGGCAUCCUCUGUAUACUUGGUAUUGAUAGCAGGUACAAUGGUGGAACCAAAAGCCUUCUCAACUACUUACUCUUUGGCUUUUGUAAACUCACACCAGUGGAUUUUAGUGGAAGUAAAAUUACAGAAGAGGAGCUAGAAGACAUUCUGGUUGUUGUGAAGGCAGAAAGUGUUCAUGUGUACUGUAAUCCAAUCAACUAUCCUCUGCUGCUGCCACGCAUUGCACAUUGGAGGAAUCUACGUGUCCACUGCCUUGACAAGGAACUGUAUAUAGAUAAUGAAGAGAAGGCUGAAGAAUUCAAGAUUCUAAGUUUCAUAUCCAUGGUAGAGGGGUGUGAUUGUCUUGGUAUACCAUAUGGAGUACCCACCCCUGGUGAUCAGCAGCCUUGUUUUGACCCAUUUGUUUUGGAAAAAUGGCCCCUAAUUCAAGCAUUUGCACUGGAGGGUUUUGGCAGUGGGGGAUUUUUCACUAUGAAGCACAGGGUCAGUGAUGUCACUCAAGAACUGGACCAGAUUUAUGGCUUGUUGGACGCUGUGGCUGUAGAAACCCUUAUCACGGAGACUCUUCCUUUGUUUGAACGUCAUUGUAAAUCCAUUCUUUCAAAUGUGGAUGCAGAGAGCCCAACUGAGCUUCUUAAAGUAACAGAGAGAAGUUUGAGCGAGCCCAUUGUGAGUUACUUUACUCAUGGACACAUUGUCGACAGGAGCAGUGCUAAGAGUUCCCCAGAAGAUUCUCAACCUUUUGUUCUCCUGGGAGCCCACUCCACAAGAAAAAAUAUACACAGUUGCGAAAAAACCACUUCUAAUAAUAACACUGCAAUUGGAAAUAGUGGCAUUAAUGGUGCUCCUGCUAAACAUAUGGUCUCUUUUGCUGUGGAACCUAAAGGAAGAAUAACUUGUGCAAGAACAUAUUUUCUACAAACUGAAUGUGCACUAUGUUCAGUGAGCGAUGCAGCAAAGAAUGAGUCAGUUAUGCAUAGUAAGGACUUGAGGCUGCUAAUGGAACUUUAUCUUCUGUCAAUUAAUGCUGUGUUGGAAGGAGUCAAGACAUUUUCACAAACAUUUAAUGAAAGAAAGAGUUACUCAAGUGUUCUGUCAGAGCUCAAGCGAGGUUUGGAAGAAAGACAUAUUGAAGUGAAAUCUUCCUUUUUAUCCAACAAUGUGAAGUUUUCUGUGGAAGCUUGUGAUUUUUAUGGGAGGAGUGUUGAUUUACAUGAGGAUAUACCAAUCUCUGGUAUUAAAAAAGCAUGUCUGUAUUUGUAUGACAUACCAAGUAUAGAGCACCCUGGGCAGAUCUUGGGUUCUGUGGUGUUUGGUGAAUCUUUCCUUGACUCUGCCAUAAGGACACUUGUCCCAGAUGGGUCACACUUAUGGGACACCUCGUUUGUUUUCCUGACAGAAAACAUCCCCAGAUUUGUUACAUGGCAGGGGUAUGGCAAAGACAGACAGAUUUCUGAGGAGAUUGAGUCAUUUGCCAAGUCAAAAGCUGAUAGCGAUGUUUUAGGAAAACAGUUACUGUGCGGUAACCAAGUUUUUAUUUCAAGUUUGGUGAACAGUUGGGAAACAGGUUCGCUGUUUAUCUAUGAGCAAGGCUUUGUGUUUGUUCAUCCCAGAACUGGUUCCAUUGUGCUACAAACGUCCAAGAUAUCUAAACUUCAGUUUUAUGACAAGGACACGUCCUGUGCUCUCCUGAUCAUUUCAUAUCAUCCCAGUUCAAAGGAAAGUCUACCCUAUUACCUUACAGCCAAACAGAGUCACGUGCUGUUGGCUCUCACGCCUCGUUCCAGAAUUUACAGACAAUUUUACUCUGAUGUGAUCCGCCUGUGGAAGGAAAGGCAGCUGCCAAACUUUCCACAAUUUGAAACUGUUGACGAUUUGCCCUACGAUUUAAAAGAACAGCACGUGAAUUUGCAACAGUUGUUAAAGCUUUCAAGAGGAUCGAAUAUACAGGAUCUAUCUACAGCUGAAGUCCUGCUAACAAAUUUAAAAGGUUUCCUGUGUCAUUGCUCCGUGAGCAGUUCGUUUGGUAACACGCCUGUUAUGUGUGAUGGUUUACCUGUGAUUCUAGGAAAUAAGCGUGUAGAACAAGGGAGGCAGUCAAGGGAUUUUGAGUUAUUAUUAACCAUCCUAACUGGUGUCCCUGGUAGCAGUAAAGAGUCUCUGUGUUUAGCUCUUGUAGCACUUGCCAAGGAAAACAGCAAGUGGAUAAUCUUACAGAGGCCAGUCAGUAAUUCAGAUACUUUUGACCCUAAAGUUUUACAAGAAUCACUGACCACAACUUUGUCAAGUCAGCGACGCCUGCAUGCCAGGCUCUCAGCCAGCGGUAGACGACUGCGAGUAAUUGUGGUCACACCAGGGUUCACUGAUGUAGCAGAGGUUAUUCAAGCAAUAAGGACUCACCCUGAUGCUGAGAUGUCCAAGUGUGUCAAGAUUGGUGCUGUCACAUGCUGUGUAGACCCGCUUAAUACCUUUAUGGAGCACAGACUGACAUUGCCUAUGCUACUGGAACAGUGCGCUCAAGGCUGGGUUAACAAUGUUGUGUUUACAAGCUGUUUGGAGCCUCAGAAUGAGCAGCUCAGCUUUGUCCAGAAACUGGUGCGAGCUUGUAACCCGGAUGUGGCUUUUAUUCUCGCUAAAGGAGGGGAAGUUACAAGGACACCUGAUGUUGAGUUAAUUCUGUCAGACAGUGCAUUUGACGAGGACAGGAUGGUACAGAAGAGAGAGCUAAUGUGUCCCGGCUGGUCUUUGGGUUUGUUUUCAACUGGAAUCACAGAACCGCAAAUUAACGAGAUUGGUGUGGCAUUCUAUGGACCACUAAGCAGGCAGAGAUUUGUUUCGAACCUUAAAGCGCUCCAUGGACCCAUAUCAUCCAAGGAGACACAUUCAACAGGGGCAAUUCACAGCCUACAAGGGCAUGCCUGUUUCUCAGAAGAAGAUCCUGAUAAAAAGGUACACGUUCACUGGUCCCGUCUGAAUGGAUUGCUAAAAAUGAGCCCCGUAGACAGCUCUGCUGUUCCGCGACCUCCUUCAGCAAAGGCCCAACAAAAUGGCACUGUGGAGGGAAUCCACGAGUACUUUAUCGUUUUCACUGGAUUUAGUCUUCAAGAACAGGUUUUAAAGGACUGGCUCAAAACCUGUUGUAAACCGGCACCAGGGAAACAGAAGUUAAAAACGCGCGAGGAUCUGUCAGAGAAAGAAAUAGCCAACGUUGGGUCCAAGCACAAGUUUGAUCCACUGCCUCCAGGCUGGUUUUACAAUGGCCUACAUUACGUCAGUCUUACUGGAGACAAGGAUUACAAUCAUCCACUUUUGGGAACAUUCAUAGACCGUUACUUGUUAGAUAUAAACGAAGAAAUCACGAGACAGAACUCUCAGUCAGAUGGCCAUCCUCCUGUUGAUAUAUUUUCCAAGCAAAAGGGCAGCUGUUGAUUUACCAAGUGUGUUGGUUCUGAACUGAAAUGAUCUGUUGACGAUUUAAUUGCACAUGGCUGUUACCGAUAGUUUACUAUUUCAGUGACUGUUUUGAAAUAUAUUUAUUUAGUUUAAGACGUAUUUAUAUUACCGUUCGGAUAUUCUUAAUCGGUUCUCGAUAAAAGUUCUAAAAACCUUUUUAAAAAAAUGAAAAAAGAUAGGAGAAGAUUAACCAAAGAAACAAAAUCUCUGAGGGACGCCGACGUGUGAACAGACAAAUAAAUGAAUAACAUUGAAAUAAACACUUAUAACACAGUUAUAAGUGUUUAUUUUAAUGCUUUGAAUCUUGAGAUUCAUUUUCUUCACCACCACCACCACCCCCCCCCCCACCGGUUUUAAGGAGUGAGCACGCUUGAUACAAUGUAGGAGUAUUUUGAUAUCUAUCUAAAGUAUUUUUGCCAUUCUGUACGAAUUAUCCUGCUGACGUUGACGUCUCUUAUAAGCAGGCUUAAGUUGUGAAGUGUGAACAUUGCAAUAUUUCUUUGGUAUUCAUUAAAUAAUUAUUUUGACCAUGUGGCAAA